UCUCUUAAUUAUAGUCAUCAUAGUCUAUAUAAGCAUAUAUAUAUAUAUACACAUCUUCUUCAUUCUACUGUAACUAGCUUUUGGAUUUCAAUGGCAGAGUUCAGAGGUCAACCUCUAUACAAUUGUAGAAAUUGCAGAAACCCUAUUGCCCUCCGUGAUGAUCUCCUUUCAAAAAAAUACAAGGCAAAAUCUGGGCCUGCUUAUCUGUUUUCUCAUGCAAUGAACAUCAUUGUGGGACCUAAAGAAGAGAAGCAGUUAAUGACUGGUGUGUUCACUAUUGCUGAUAUUUACUGCAGAAAUUGUGGUGAGGUACUUGGCUGGAAGUACAUAACAGCUCAUGAUCAUACUCAGAGAUUCAAAGAAGGCAAGUUCAUUGUAGAGAUUGCGAAGAUUGCCAAGUUGUACUAGAAAAACAACUUGUGCCAAUCUUCUUCAAAAUCUAAUAUUGUAAAUACUAAAAAAUAUUAUGUCAAACUAUAAAUAAUCUCACUGUGGUUUGUGAGGGUUGUUCAAGCUUUUUUCAGCUACUUUGUAUGCUUUUAUAUAUAAUUUAACAUACUACUUACUUUAUCA